UCCACCUGCACUCCAAAAGGAGAAAGGGGAAAGCCGAAGACAAAAUUCAUCCCCAAAUACAGGCAGAGAAGACGCCAUGCCAUGUUCUCUUCCACAACAUAACAUAUUCGCUUAACAUUACGAAGCAAUCCUCUCACUAUUUUCGUGUCGCCCUCGCACUCCCACUCGCGGAGGCAGUGGCACUUGCUUGCUUCCGACUCCUUUCCGUCCCUUUUUCCCCCCAGCUGGAAAAAGAAAAAUGCCUUUUCACCUUAAACGCUAUUUUCAACACGUAAUGACCCUCCAGAUCUGAAUUCGUUACAUUGCUCUCUAGAGGUAGAGCUUGUAAUUAGUUUGAGUGCCUUUCAAGCACUGGGUUGGGAUGGGAUGCUUCCUUCAGAAAUCACAAAUCGCAAUCAGAAAUUACCGGUGUGGCAAUGACGUAAUUUUUGGCUGAUUUUUCCGUUUCUUCUUCUUCUUUUUCCUUUUUGGAGGCUGAACGAAGCAGAUGGGAUCCGGUGGGAGCAAGGGUUCUUGCAGAGGAGGAGGAGCUGCAUCUGCAUCAGCAUCCUCAUCGUCUUCCUCGUCGAGCGGUGGCCGCAGGGGGAGAUCUAAGGGGAAGAGUAGAGUUUUCCAGUCCUCUUGUCUAGGAGCGCCAUCUGGAUCUGCUGACCCCGACUUCGACCACCAGGUUCUUGAUCAACGGAAUAAAGGCUAUGCUUCUAAUUUCACUAACCUGAACCGGAACCUGAGAGAAUCGGAGCCGGAGUCGGAUGAGGUUAAAAGAGAAUGUUACAGAAAGGUUAAAGGUGAAGCGGCAUCUGACGAUGAAAUGCCAAUGCCAUGCAUAUCUUCGAGCGAUGUAGAUAUAGGUGCCUCGAGAAGUGGUAGCAGCUCUGGCCGAGCAGCCGCAGCAGCUUCUUCUGCGCAUCACUCUCCUUCUCGCUGCCUCUCCGGCUUUAGCUUCCUGCCGGGUAACGUGAGCUUCAGAUUAAGCAGAGCUAAUAGUUUGGGGUCGUCUAGAGCGUAUCCUGUUUCUCCUACAAGUAUUGCAAUGUUGAACCAUGAUGACAAUUCGGGGACAGUUGAACCUCAGCAACUUCCUCAUAAUUCUUCUUCUGCUCGCAAUGCAAAUUUACACUCUCCCAUAAUCUUCAAUGAUGCGGAUAGGGAUAGGGAUAGGGAUAGGCGUGUUGGAGUUGGAAGUCGAGAGCCUGUUGAAAGGAAUGUUCGUUUUAGCAGAACCUUAAGUGUCGGAAGGCUUCGUGACCGUGUUCUUCGUAGAGCUUCCUUAUCUGAUCUAACAUUCUGCCCUUUGCAACAAGACAGACAACUUACUAAUCAAACUCAGGCACUUGGAGGAGACAGAGACACACGGCACUCAGCUACCCCUUCAUCCACCACCACCAACACUUCCGCUCAUACUCCCUCCAUUAUAUCCCACAACUCCAUCUUUAACAUUCAGGACCAUGAGGUUGAAACUUCACGAUCAAGAGAAGCCAGGUAUCAUGAUUUGCUCGAGCACAGAUCCAAUUUCCUUGAAAGGAGGAGAAGAAUACGAUCUCAGGUUCGAGCUCUUCAACGGCUGGGAAGCCGUUUUGAGAACUUGUCUGGACAUGAGAGGUCUUGUAUUUUAUCUGGUCAACAUAGAACUGGUCGAUGCACAUGUCGUGUAAAUAAUCGGGAUUCCAAUUCAAACGAUGACACCAGUGCUAGGGCUAGCAUAUCCAGAAUUGUUAUGUUAGCUGAAGCUUUAUUUGAGGUUCUAGAUGAAAUUCACCAGCAAUCUGUGGUUUUAUCUUCUCGGCCUUCUGUGUCUUCAAUUGGAUCUGUUCCUGCACCUAAUGAAGUUGUGGAAUCACUUCCUGUCAAAGUAUACACCAAGUCACACAAACUUCAGAAUGAUGAGGCUGCACAAUGUUACAUAUGCCUUGUGGAGUAUGAGGAGGGGGAUAGCAUGCGGAUAUUGCCUUGUAAUCAUGAAUUCCACAGAGCUUGUAUAGACAAGUGGCUCAAGGAGAUUCACAGGGUAUGCCCUCUUUGUCGUGGGGAUAUUUGCAGACCUGAUUCGUUGCCUGCAGAGAACUAGAGGUUUCGGUUUUUCUCCAUACUUGCUGAGGAGCAUUGGCAACUGUUGGAGAUUGUAAGGUUUUAACCAUGGAAAAGAUUAUUGGUGACAAGAAAAGGAAAAAGAGAGAAGGGAACCAAUAAUCUUGAGCCUAAUGCUUUAGGAUGUUGAGUCUUUUUCUGCCUGCAUGUACUUUAUCGUGGGUGGUUGAUGACCACUUUUGGGUGCAGAAUAAAGAUCAUUUAGGUUGGGAGAAAUGGGCUGAACUUGCAAUUUGUACAACUCAGCUGGGAAGGAAAGGACAAAGUGGAGGAAGGGUUUGUAUUGGUUGAAGAGUGGAGAGGGAUGGAGAAGAAAUUCAUUGUUCAUUUUGUUGGUUGGUUGCUUUUUUUUACCUUACGAAGAAAUAUAUUAUUUACUCAUAUGCUCGACAAAAUAUCCUUGAGCAGAU